AUUUUCAGCUCUGUGCAUACACGCUAACGCUGUUUGGGUUUCAGACAGAGCAAGGAGAAGACGUGACCACGAUGAAGUGUAUAGGGGGUUUCAUUUGCACCUUUGCAGCCCUGUGGACGGCUGAUGCAGUAAGAGACUAUUAUCUUGCUUUUGCUUCAUAUUGCAUUUAUUUUUAAGAGUGUGUUUGUGAGAUAUUUGUACUCUCAGGGCCUACUGAGGGACAGAACAUCGGAGGGAUUCCCUGGUUUCUUGUCCUCUUCUUCCUCAUCUUCAUUCUUGUCCUCUUUGGGAGGUUCAGGUAAGAAACUGCAUUUAUCCUGAGGUUCUUGUGUUUAAACAUCAGGCUGUAACAUUAAACCUGAGGUGUGUCUUUCUACCUCAGGUGGGAUCUGUCUGAACGGAGGCACCUCGGUGCCAUCCCUGACUUCUGGUGAGCACAUGUUUUGUUUGUGCGCUGACGGCUUUGAGGGGAAACGAUGUCAAACAGGUAUGAAGCUUGACUCCACAUCAGACUCUCUUCAUCUUUGAUUUGCACUUUUAAUCUGAAAAUCUUCCCGAUGUCGCUUCAGUAAAGCGUGCCGACUGCUAUGAGGGUGUUGGAUUGUACUACAGAGGCACAGAGUCUCAAUCCCAGAGUGGGAGAACAUGUCAGGAGUGGGAUUCAGACACCAGGGAGCGAUACAUGACAACUGAUGUCAACGCAGGGAGGCACAACUACUGCAGGUAAGUGGAUGCACUUCCACAUCCGUUUAAAGAGCAAGUCAAUACUUAGGGCUCCUGUGAGUUUACACUGACAUUCAUACUGAUGCUGUUUUAUGAUACACGAAAGCAAACAAGGCCUUCAGCAAAAGCUUUUCAUAUCAGCUAUUAGUUAUUGAUGAUAUUUGGUAAUAUAACGAUAUUGCUGUGUUUUGUUAUGUCUGUGUGGUCAAUAUAUUUAAAAAUUUAUAAGCGCUCCGCUCUUUCUGACUGUAAACAAAGCCAUUCUCCGCCUCCCCCAACCUGAUUGGUUGUGAGGCAGACGCUGCUCCCCUGUGUCAUUCAGGAGCCCAAACAAAGUCAGCGUGCUACAUUAUCGGACAGUAGAAACCAACCAGAAAGUUCGGAAAAUUGUCUGAAUCCUCCUUUGGCCAUGACUGCCGACACAAGCAAGAAAACAAAGUAAAUACCGGAGACUCUGGAGGAAUAACGGGCGCUUAAAACGGAUGUAGACCGGACAAGAGCUAAAAAGCCGGGUCAACAUAAACGAUGGGGGACGCUUGGGGAUCUUGGUGACCCUGUAACCUUUCUGCUGGACAGGUAAACCGCUUUAACAAAGUAAGACAAGUGUCUGUAACAGAAGUGUUUCUUGUCAAACGGGACCUGCUGUAGCGUGUUGUAGCGCCAUCGCUAAACUGUUGACCUCGGGUCCUGGACUAUGUCACUUUAUCCUAGUUGUAGAAGUCCUGCAAACAUUGUGUUUGCUGGUAGUCUGUUGGCAUCUACAGUAGCACCAAUGCUUUUGACUUUCACCUUGACUGGGCCCCAUUUGUAAUGAUCUGAAGUAUUUAUCUGCAUUAUAUCUGAAUUUAAUUGGAACGAUACGAGCGAGCAGGAGCGUCUGUUUGUGGGCGGGGCUUGAGGGGAGAGGAGGAGCUGAGGGGAAAACUGGUUGGGAGGGGUAGAGUUUACAUUCAAGAUUUCUCCUAAAAACUGGCACUUCCUCAGAUCCUGACUACCCCACCUUUAAAUCAGAAAAAAAAGCAAUGUGAGAAGUUUUUGGCCAGAGGGGGGCGCCAAAGUUGACUCAAACCAAAAGUUCCUGACAGGAGCUUUAAGUUUCUUCUCUUAGUUAAUUCUAGAGCAUCAAAUAUUAGUGAAGUAUAAUGGAUUAAUCACUUAAGAUAUGCUGACACUGAAAAUUUAAUCUAUUGAAAAAUAUCUGAAAUAUGAUUAAAAAGUUUGUUUACAAUGAACUACAAUACGUUUGCAUUCAGAGGGGUUUGAUGUGUUACCUCCGCAGAAAUCUGCUCUACAAGCGGCGCCCGUGGUGUUACGUGUGGAAAAGACAGCAGCUGAUGUGGGAGUACUGUGAUAUUCCUCGCUGCGGCGUCGAGUCCUGUAAGUGCUUUUUCACUGUAAUGUUUUCAGUGGAAGUCUCGGCCAGUUUGUCGCCUCAUUCCUGGUGUUUCUCUUCUUUUUUAGUCCCAACUCCGCCUCCUCCUGCACCGACUGAACAUGUUCCUGGUGAGUUCAUCAUCAUCCUGAGAGCUGCUGUGAUUUUUUUCGCAUGUUUUCCCCUCUGACUGUUCUGACCUUUAUUUCACCCUCAGCUGCAGCGUCCACAUGUGGCCAGCGCACCAGGAGAAAGCAGAUGAAGAUUGUGGGUGGAACCAUCUCCACUGUGGAAUCCCACCCGUGGGUGGCGGCCAUAUUUUGGCGUGGCAAAUCCAAGGAGAAAGCUUUCCGCUGCGGAGGGAGUCUGAUCUCAGCCUGCUGGGUGCUCACAGCUGCUCACUGUUUCCCUGACGGGUAGGAAGUGAAGUCACCAACUUUCAAACAACAGGUGCAGAAAACAAAACAAAAAAACAGAAGCUGAUUGGAUUGAAUUUGUGUUUCAGCUCCCACACCAAAGAGCACCGCUUCUCUGUCAGCCUGGGGAAGAACGCCCUGAAUGAGACGGACUUUGUGGAGCAGACCUUCAGGGUGGACCAGAUCAUCUUACAUGAGGGCUAUGACAACGGCGAGGGGAACUUCAACAAUGACAUCGGUAUGAAAUGAUCCUCUGCAGAGGCCACAGCGUCCAUCAGGCGGUGCAGUCAGAAUGAUAACUUCAUGAUUCUUCUUCUCCAGCUCUGAUGAAGCUGAAGCCCAAAGACGGGAAGUGUGCAGAGGAAGACAACUCGGUGAAAACCGUCUGUCUGCCUCCACCUCUGCAGAGCCUGCAGCCCGGUGUCACCUGUGAGAUCGUGGGGUACGGCAAAGAGAAAUUCGGUAAUUCUUGUCUUAUAAUCAUACUUACACCCGGCAGACGUGGUGAGAAAACCUCAAGAUCUUUUCAGAGGAGUUACCACAAGAUUCCAUGUGCAGAUGCAUCGAUAUAGCCGACUCUUACCUUGGAGCUCCUUCUGACUUCUAAAACCUUUGUAUCCUCGUCUUCCUCCAGGUCUGUGGUACAGGUCUCAGUUCCUCCAGGAGGCUCAGGUGAACCCCUUUGCCGAUGAUGUGUGUCGACAGGAGGAUUAUUACGGAAACAAGAUCACUGAUAACAUGUUCUGUGCUGGCCGGCCCGACUGGAGCCAGGAUGCCUGCGAGGUAUUCACGACACGUCCAGACUCGAUCAGACUCUGAUUCUGCAGAUCAUUUCAUAGACUUAAAUAACUCUGCUCUUCCCUCACCUGCAGGGAGACUCUGGAGGGCCUCUGGUGUGCGAGGUGGGCGGCAGGUUCUUCCAGUUUGGAGUGAUCAGCUGGGGCGACGGCUGCGCCAAAGAGUUUCGACCGGGAGUUUACACCAAAGUGACGAACUACAACAGAUGGAUAGAGGAGAAGACAGGGCUGUCCAUCGCUGCAGGGUCCUUGUUCCCUCAGAAAUGAGACAAGAUAAGGACACUGUAAGGAGCUGUUACUGCUGAUUACCUGAAUUUCCUUUCCAAAUCCAUGAAACGGGUCAAUUUUAAACAAAAGCCUGAAAGAGAGCUCAGUUACUGUGCAAAAAUAAAGCUCUGCUAGCUGCUCUUAAAGGGUUAACCCUGCUGUUUAAAGACACUGUAAGGAGUUUUCAUCACCCCUUUAGAUAAACAGAUACUGCUUCCCAAGGAUUAGGACUACAUUACCAUGAACACCAUCACCUACUGUCAUAGAGACACAAUCUUGUUUGUAUUUUUCAUGGAGAAAAUUUCACAUCACUUGAGAAAACCCUUUAAAAAGUUCCAGCAAGACUCAAAAAGUCCUGAUUCUGUCGGAUUGUCGGUGGAGCUGAGAAACUUAUGCCGUGUUCAAAAGCGAUUAAACUCGAGUUCUUGUUGUGCUUUGUAAGCUACGCUUUCCAAAUAGCAUCAACUGAGUGAAUUAUUUGUGUAGACGAUGCAAAUCCGCAACGUGUUCAUGUUUCAGGCGCCAGAGCUAGGGGUCUCUGGUCCGGCAGCAUGAGCCUCUCAGGCGGUGGGCGCCGAGCGGUUAGCUGUUAGCUCCUGUUACCGUUUUUAAGGUGGGAACUGCUCACACACAUAUACACUCAGUCUCGAUCAUAGACUGUAUAUAGAAUGGACGCCGUCUGCCUCCUCGCUGGAUGAAGCCACUCCGACAACAGCACCCUCUGGUGACGGGCUGCAGUAUAGGUCAUAAAUCCCGCCUCCGCCAGCCAUCCUCAUGGGGCUGUACAAUUUUGUGCAUAUUCUUUCUAAAACAAGCAUAUCUCAUGUUUAGAUCAUUCUGUUGUUUUUUCUUUUAAUAAAAAAGAAUAAUAUGAUCAAGGGGAAAUUAUCAGUGAAUAUCAGGGUUGUGCACAGGAUUUUCUGUUGUAUGGCAGUCUUUAUAUAAAAACUUAGAAUGGUCUUAUAAUUGGAGCUUGUUCUCUUAUCUCACUUAUUUCCUUUAAUUGCUCUUAAUCGGUGAUGAAUGGCUGAAACUAGCAAAAAUAGAUAUCUUAAAGGAGGAGCUCAACUUGUUUCAGCUGUUGUGUUUCUUGUAAAUUUCUGAGUCUGGUGUUAUUUUCCCCCCUCUGUUAUUGUUGUGGUUGUAAUGUGGUCAAAUGAAAUAAAAGUGUGUAUAUACUGAAA